UACAAUUCCCAUAGUGCACUGGGCUUCGGUCGCGUAGGUGUUUCCGGUGUCUUAUAACAUUUUACUUCCUUCCACACAGACCGAGCCGAACAAAUCGAGAAAGAAGACGUCGCUAACUUUUAAAUGCUACCGUCAACAGUCGAGUUUUGAGGUUAUUUUUCGUUUUAAUUCUGUUGUAAAAUUCGCGCCAUGUGGCGAGUGGUGUCUGAGAACUGAGUAAUAGUUGGGAAACGUAGACCGUAACGUGAAGGCCUCCGAAGAAAGUUUGGUCGAGGGCCUGUAAACAACAUGUCCUCCGCCUCGCAGUCUUCCUCCAGACGGCAGUGGUGCUACCUCUGCGAUCUGCCCAAGAUGCCCUGGGCCAUGCUGUGGGAGUUCAGCGAGGCUGUGUGCCGGGGAUGUGUCAACUACGACGGGGCGGACCGGAUAGAGCUCCUCAUUGAGACUGCCAGGCAGCUGAAGAGCACCCACGGAGUGCUAGACGGCAGGUCCCCCGGUCCACAGCAGGGCAAAGCCAGCUCUGCCGGGCCCCUGGAGGCAGGGCGGCAGCAUGGGGAGCGGAUAGAUAGGGGGAGGGGGGAGUAUGGGGUGUCUGCUCGCCUCCCCAAUGGCCUCCACAGAGCUGAAGAUGUGUCCAUGUCAGAGGGCAGCAGACAGAGCCCCAACACGCGCCGGGCCAUAGUGGGGGCAGUUCCUAGUCUCCAUGGCACCAUAUCCCAUGCCUUGAUAGCUCAGGGGUUAGUAGCAGCCCCUCAUGGGCUUCUAGCCCCCUUAUCCAGGGCUGGGGCUACACCAAUUGCAGUCUCAUCUGGCCCCAUAAUGGGUGAUGCUGGCAGAAGACAGGUGGUGUCCCUGGGUGUGGGAGCCAGCACGUCUGCUCUGGUGGGUAUAGAUUCUGCAGUGUGGAGGAACAAUGAAGUGAUGGCAGAACUGAACGAGGUGGCUCGUAGCAGGGUUGAAGGCUGGCCCAAUCGUCCCAAAGCGGUCCGGGAUGUGCUUGUAGCGCUCAGCAGCUGCGUUCCCUUCAACGUGCGCUUCAGGAAAGACCAUAAUCUGAUGGGUCGUGUUCUGGCCUUCGACGCCAGCACAACUCCAGAGUUUGAGCUGAAGGUAUUUGUGGAGUAUCCUGCCGGCUCCGGGAUGAUCUUCUCAGGAGUCCCGGACCUGGUCAGGCAGAUGUUCCGCGACUCGGCCAAAGAUGCAGGUAAAGCGGUGAACUCUGGGCUGCGUUAUGUGGAAUACGAGAAGCGACAAGGAACGGGAGACUGGCGUGGGCUGUCUGAGCUGUUGAAUGAUGGCGUACGCAUGUUCAAAGAGCCCCCGAUACCAGAGGUUCUGCCACAGCCAGAGGCAGGUUUGCCCAUGGCAGCUGCCGGACGCCCUGUUCCAGCAAAGACCACAACUCGGCGUCGCAAGGCUUCUCCAGGCUCUGAGAAUGGAGAAAGCGAAGGGAGGCCUGAACACCCAGGGAGAGAGCCCUGGCCCCGGGGUGCUUACUCAGGCAUGGAACCUCUUCCUGGCAUGGCCGCUCCUCAAGAGGGCCCACCCCGUUUACACAGCCAACCCUCACCCAUCUCAGCGCUGAUGGGAGUGGCAGACAGCCUGAGCUCCAGCCAGAUGGCCAGAGAUAGCCCCAGCAUGUCCACAGCCCACUCCUCCUCCGCUGGACGCCCCACCAGCAGCAGCCCCUCCACUGCCUCCACCUCAGUCUCCCAGGCAGCCUUGGGCCAGAGUCUAAGUGCGGCGGGGCAGAGCAGCAGCGCCAGCGCCGGAGAGUCCACCAGCAGCGCCCAGGGCACUCUGCUCUGCUGCACCCUCUGCAGAGAGCGCUUGGAGGACACACAUUUUGUCCAGUGUCCGUCUGUCCCGCAUCACAAGUUCUGCUUCCCCUGCACCCGAGGGUUCAUCCGCAGCCAAGGCCAAGGUGGAGAGGUGUACUGCCCCAGUGGAGAGCGCUGUCCCCUGGCUGGCUCCUCUGUGCCUUGGGCCUUCAUGCAGGGAGAGAUCUCAACCAUCCUGGCCGGAGAUGGAGACGUGACAGUAAAGAAGGAGAGUGACCCUUGACGUCUCCAUCCAGAUGUGGUGAAUGUGGAUCAAACACUUUGAAAGCACUUCCCUAUUAUGUCAAGCAGAGGUCCACUUUGGCUGCAGUUCAUCAUGUGUGCCUCUGAGAGCAGAAUAACUCUGAACCCCAGGAGAACAGCUACACACACACACACACACACACACCGCUAACUAAAUCCACAACAAGAAUGACUCUUGAGAGGAGGGACACGUCCGCUGGUUGGGGCUCGGCUCACCUGUGAAGGCUGAGCAGCUCCAUCACACCUGAAUGUUGAGUCCUGACCCAAUCUGUCCUUCUCUCUGUCCAGUGCAGCAGAGGCCUCUCAGCACGCCUCCUUUUAAAGCCCAGGAUAGAAAGCACAUGCUUGUUUUUAGGAAUGACAAUCUAUUUGGUCUCUCAUUUGUGUUUUUGUUCUAUAUGUUGCAUACUAUUCUACAAAGAUGGAUGACAGCGAUAUUGACAAAAUCUUGCAAUUCUUCGAAAAACAAAUGAAUGUUCAAAAUGUGGCAAACCAUUGGGUCCUUAAAGCCAAGGAUUGAAAAAAAAUGUAAUCCCACAACAUGUCUCUUAGGUAUUCUCCUUCUAUUGUAUGUCAAAAAUGUGAAUUUACUUUCAAUAUGGCUAUGUAAUUUCUAUUUUU